AUGAAGGGUCUUCUUAAUAGUCCUCAACGCCCGCAUAAUCAGUUACGCAAAGCUUGUAACUUCUGUCAUCAGUCAAAGCUAGACAUACCCUGCCGAUAUGAAUAUGUGGUUCGGACGGGGAAGCCAAAGGGGUCCCGCAACAAGAAGACCCUCGAAAAGGCGCAGAUGUUGCGACAGGAGGCGAUGAUGACAACGGGUCAGCUUUAUUCACAGCCAGCUGGAAAAGACGGUAGCAGCAGCAGCAGCAGCAGCAGCAGCAGCAGCACAAAUAGUGCAACCAGUGAAGGGGAGCAUCCGAGAGCGGAUAUGAGCACCGGGGACGACAUACUGAUGCCAUUGAACUGGGACAAUAAGUGGAUCAUGUUCACAAAUGAAAUCGAGCCCCAACCACAUAAAGAGAUUGGGCUACAACCCGACGAGGCAAUGGGAUGGGGCCAUACGGAAGAGGCUCUUCAACUUGCUCCCCUCCCCAGCACAGAUCUCCCAUUUACCCCAGACUGCUUAUCACUACUUAAUGCAAGCAUAUAUGAUACUCCCACCCCCGAGGCAAUCCCCAGAAUUACGAGUAUCGCUUCUCAGCAAUGCGCAUGUGUCGGCCAUAUCCAAGAGAAUGUGGUCCAGCUAAGCAGCCUGACACAAGACCCCUGCAAGCGUGAUCGCUUCGAUCGGGGAAUGCAAAUUAUCAACAAUGCUUGGGUCGCAAUCCGAGCUACUUUGCAAUGCGAGAGUAGCGAGCACCACUCUCAACCGUUCUUUUCUAUGUUAUGGUGUAUUCGGUUGGCAUGUGGCUGGUUUCAAUCGAGAGCAUCGUUGGAACAACGUGAAGCUCCAAUACCAUCUUACCCACCGCCAGUCAAAGGUAUCGACAUUCGAUGCGGCGAGUAUGAAAUUCCUCACAAGCAGAUCCAAGUAAUGCACGGACUCCUAAUCCACAUGGCGGUCCGAGACGGGAUCGAUCUUCUGAGAGGUCUGCGUUGCAUCCUGGAGAAGAAGGAACCAUCGACACAUGAAAGACAAGCCAAUGUGGUAUCGCUUACCGCAGUGGAUGUCCAAUAUAUCCUAUCCGCUCUAGCUUACUGUGAAGAGGAGAUGGGCUUAGGGCUUAGGGCUUAG